AUGUUUAAACCUGAUUAACGAAAUUUAGGUGGAAGAUAAAUUAUUUGUAAUAUGGUUUUGAAUCACAGGUUAUCAUUAAAUAUAAUGGAUGAUAAGUCAGCAAUAUCUCCAAUUUAGACUAAAAUGCAUACUCCUCGUUAAGGAUGUUAUACUGAUAGGCAAAGUUAAAAUAAGCCUUCAUUCUUUUUUAGAAGAAUUCCUACAAGCAAUUAUUAAAAGUAUAAAGAAUUGCUUUAUAGAAAACCUCUCUCAUUUCCUAAGAAUCAAAAUAAAAAGGAAUGUCAUACUGAGAUUAAAAUAAUAGAUUGGAAUAUUAUUGAAAAAGAAAUAUCGAAAUAUGAAAACGAAUUUUAUAAACUAAAUCUAACUACAUUUUUAAAGAAGUUUGCAAGGCAAAUGAACAUUAAAAAAGAAUAUGAUUUUGCUACUCUAAUCGAAAUUAUUUUGAAUUAUUAUCCUAAUUUGAAACAAGAUGAACUUAUAGAAAUUGCAUCAGAUAUUAUUGUUGCCGAUCUUUGA